AUGAAGUUUGUCGUAUUCCUGACCUGGGUCCUUGAAAUUGCCAUCAUCGUGCUCCUCGUCCUUGAUUUCAUCGUAAUAUGGGAGAAAAACCUCGGCGUCAUUAGGUGCGGCUACGAGUCCGGCGGUGUCACCAUCAGGAAGAGCAACGAGAACGUCUCCGAGUCUGAUAUCUCUUUUUGGUUGUCGUGUAAGAUCUGGGAGCCCAGCAGCAAUGCCAACAAGAAGCCCGAACCAGAGGUUAGGGAAGGACUUUCUCAGUUGGCCAGCAAGAGCUGCUGCUGA